UUUGAAAUUAGAAGAAAAAGUCAAAAUAAAAAUUGUAAAUUUUAAAAAUUCUAAAAACAAAUUUAAUAAAAAAUUUAAUUUUCGGCAAUUUUUUUCUAAAUUCCUGGUUUGAUUUCCUUUAAUUGCUUGCAAAAAUGAUAGAUACUAUUUUGGAUACCGUUUUCAAUGGUCUGCUAAUAGGCACCUCCGGUUACGCCAUGUUCGCGGUAAAUCCUGUGGAUCAUCCAUUUGCCUUUGCCGCCUGUGCUGUUGGAUUUUGUCAUGGUUGUACGGGUAUUUAUACCCGUUUCUUCGAUAGUUCUUGUGGCGCUGAAGGCUCUGAAGGAAAAUGUAGAAAUCGUGUUAAGAAACUAACUAGCAGUUGUAUGGAAAUUAUAACGGUACCCUUGGCUAAUAUGGAUCUCUAUAGAAGUUCUCAGCAGACUAAUGCUUUAGCCUUGGGUCAUGGUUUAUUUAUUAUACCAUUGGCCUUUGAUUUGACGUUGAAAUACCUUGCUACGGAAGGAGAUGAGGGUGAAUCUACUGCCAUUUUAAAAGAUCUAACUGUAUUGGGGAAUAUUGUUUCCCUAUUAUUUUUCGCGGUAAACGAAAAUAAUCUUCCCGCCGGCUUAAUGGCUCUAUCGGCAUUUUUUUCCUACUCGGGUUCAAUGGUAAUGGAAUAUAUGUUGAAUGGAACUGAGGAGAAUUCUAGUUUAGCAGGUUAUGCUUUAUUCUUUGCUUUCAUGCCUUCAGCUUUAAGCGCUGGUGCUGAAGUAGCGACAUGAAAUAAUGUACAUGUUUUGGAAUAUUCUGUUUAA